AUGAAGAAUUUAUAGAAAAAAAGUAUUAAUAAAAAAAAUCAUUUUGAUUUAAGAUCAGUGAUGAGUAUUUAAAACCCAAUUUUAUAAAAGUAAUUCAUUUAAUCAUUCCAAGAGGGUCCAAUUUUAAAAUAUUUUAUCAUUUUUCUCGUAAUAAUAUUAAUGAUUAAUAAGCUAAAAAUAGUUUUACAUUUAGUUAAACAUUUGAAUAAUAAUAAAAAUUUAGUUUUGAAAAAACAAAAAAAGUGA